GACAGAGUUUUAUAAAUGGACACUGACAUGGACUACGAAAGGCCCAAUGUUGAAACCAUCAAAUGCGUGGUUGUGGGCGACAACGCUGUGGGGAAGACGCGCCUCAUCUGUGCCAGAGCUUGUAAUACGACACUAACGCAGUACCAACUGCUGGCCACCCAUGUUCCUACUGUGUGGGCGAUUGACCAGUACCGGGUCUGCCAGGAGGUCUUGGAGCGUUCCCGGGACGUUGUCGAUGAAGUGAGCGUUUCUCUCCGGCUUUGGGAUACCUUUGGAGACCAUCACAAAGACAGGCGUUUUGCAUACGGCAGGUCCGAUGUUGUGGUUCUCUGUUUUUCCAUCGCCAAUCCCAAUUCCCUAAAUCAUGUGAAAACCAUGUGGUAUCAAGAAAUCAAGCACUUUUGCCCUCGCACACCUGUUGUUCUAGUUGGCUGUCAGCUAGAUCUCCGCUAUGCUGAUCUUGAAGCUGUUAAUCGAGCCAGACGCCCUUUAGCAAGGCCCAUAAAAAGAGGGGAUAUUUUGCCCCCAGAAAAAGGUCGAGAAGUUGCAAAGGAACUGGGCAUACCAUACUAUGAAACGAGUGUAUUUGACCAGUUUGGAAUCAAGGACGUGUUUGACAAUGCUAUCCGAGCAGCCCUGAUAUCCCGCCGACACUUGCAAUUCUGGAAAUCCCACUUAAAGAAGGUUCAGAAACCUUUACUUCAGGCACCAUUCCUACCUCCAAAAGCCCCUCCACCGGUCAUCAGAAUCCCCGAGUGUCCCUCCACCUGGACGAAUGAAGCUGCCUGUUUACUGAAUAAUCCUCUGUGUGCGGACGUCCUGUUCAUCCUUCAAGACCAGGAACACAUCUUUGCACACCGAAUUUACCUCGCUACCUCCUCUUCCAAAUUUUACGAUCUUUUUUUAAUGGAAUGUGAAGAAUCCCCAAACUUGGGUGAAGUACCUUGUGAGAGAGAGAAGCAAAACAGGGAUUUCCAGCGGUGGGCUUUGAGUCUUGGAAUGGAUAAGGAAAAGGAGGAGGGCACCCCAAGGACACCUCAGGCAGAUCAGUGGAAGUCCUCAAGUAAUGAUGUGUUGGAGACGCUUUGUCUGGAGGCUGAGGACUCAGUUCCAGAGACACAGGCUUUGUCAAGUUGGAGUAAGGGUUUCAUUGGCAUGCACAAGGAAAUGCAAGUCAACCCCAUUUCAAAGCGGGUGGGCACCAUAACUGUGGUCAGGAUGGACUCUUCAGUUCAGCCAGGCCCUUUCCGGACCCUGCUCCAGUUUCUUUAUACAGGGCAGCUGGAUGAAAAAGAAAAGGAUUUGAUGGGCCUGGCUCAAAUCGCAGAGGUCCUGGAGAUGUUUGAUUUGAGGAUGAUGGUGGAAAACAUCAUGAACAAGGAAGCUUUCAUGAACCAGGAGAUUACAAAAGCGUUUCACGUCAGAAAAGCCAAUCGGAUAAAAGAAUGUCUCAGCAAGGGGACAUUCUCAGAUGUGACGUUUAAGUUGGACGAUGGAGACAUCCGUGCUCACAAACCACUCCUGAUCUGCAGUUGUGAGUGGAUGGCUGCCAUGUUUGGAGGGUCGUUUGUGGAAAGCGCCAACAGUGAGGUCUAUCUCCCAAACAUAAACAAGAUGUCAAUGCAGUCAGUUUUGGAUUACCUCUACACCAAGCAGUUGUCACCUAACUUGGACCUGGACCCACUGGAGUUAAUCACCUUGGCAAACAGACUUUGCCUGCCACACUUGGUUGCACUUGCAGAGCAGCAUGCUGUGCAGGAACUGACCAAAGCGGCCAUGAGUGGAAUGGGCAUUGAUGGGGAAGUGCUCUCUUAUUUGGAAUUAGCCCAGUUUCAUAAUGCUCACCAACUGGCUGCCUGGUGUUUGCACCACAUCUGCACCAACUAUAACAGUGUUUGUUCCAAGUUCCGCAAGGAAAUCAAAUCCAAAUCUUCAGACAACCAGGAAUACUUUGAAAGACACCGCUGGCCCCCUGUGUGGUAUCUGAAGGAAGAAGAUCACUACCAGCGUGUGAAAAGGGAACGAGAGAAGGAAGCUAUUGCACUAAAUAAACAUCACUCCAGACGCAAGUGGUGCUUUUGGAGUUCAUCGCCAGCAGUCGCCUGAGGAAGAAGA